AUGACAAAUCAGUUCCCGACGUACGUCUUUGGAGUCAACCUGUAAAAAAGUGACACGUUAGAAAAUCUAUAAAGGCCUGUCCCCUCAUAUACCUCGUUGGAUUCCACUGCUCAUACUUCUCUCAACUCAACGCAAUGGGCUCGAAGGUGCAUAUUAUCAUAUUCGUGUUUGGACUUGCCGCCAUUUUGUUUUUGAAUGCAGUCGAUUCCAUCGAUUUUAGUGACGAUAAUUUCGGAGCAGACCCCGGAUGCCAGGAUCCUUGGUCGACGGAAUGGACUAGAGACAACCAGGAUUGCAGUAAAGUUCAUUUCUGUGUACAAGGCAAGAAAUACUGGACUAUAAACUGCAACGACAGUCGAGUGUGGUCCAAUAUCGGCCAUGCAUGCGUGGAGCCAAUGUCCCAGUGGGACGACUGUAAUCAAGUGAUGACCACCCCCGCUAUCAAUGACGAGCGGUGCGUCCUCCCCAGUGGAAUGAACCCUGACCCCGACAACUGUGCCCAGUUCCUGGCCUGCACCAACCGGACAGUGGUGGCCACGAUGCAGUGUCCAGAGAACACGCUCUUCUCCACCAAGAACAACACGUGCGAUUUGAGUUUCCUCGUGGCUGCUGAGUGUCGUACGAGACUCAUCCCAGAACACGUCGUUGUUACCACCGCUAGUCCCAUCGUCGAUACCCCCUGCGAGGGGACCACGAACGGUGACGUCAUUGACCCCACCAACUGCGCCCGCUUCUUCAAGUGCAACUACGGCCGCGUCGUCGCCAGAAUCAAGUGUCCCGCAAACAGCGCCUUCUCCUCCGACAAGCGCAAGUGCGACUGGAGAGCCAAUGUGGACUGCGAGGACCGCCCAUUGUCUUGAGCACCCCCAGUCACGUGACCGUCUUUCGACCAAGGGUUCUGGUGUCCUAUCGAUUCUUAUCACGUGACCUCGACUAAUCUCACGGACUAUUAUCGUUGUUCUUAAAUAUGUGUUUGUAAAUUUGUUUUGUUAUGUUUUAUCGGCUUUUGGGGGAAGGUGAUGUCAAAUUCAUCUCAUAUAACAAUUCAUUUUUCAAUUAUUUCAUUAUGGAAAAAUAAUUAAGCUUCUUGUUUUGUUUAUCAAAAACCGUUUCAGGGGCACCCUGUCUCAGAUGUCUGUGUUCAGGUAACAUAAAAGAUACAUUGUAAGGACGAUACACGUAUGAGCUGAUAAGUAAAUGUGCACAUGUGCUGAGAUCCUUCAUUAUAAGAACGAUACACGUAUGAGCUGAUAAGUAAAUGUGCACAUGUGCUGAGAUCCUUCAUUAUAAGAACGAUGCAUUUAUGAGCUGAUAAGGAAAUGUGUACAUGUGCUGAGAUCCUUCAUUAUAAGAACGAUACACGUAUGAGCUGAUAAGUAAAUGUGCACAUGUGCUGAGAUCCUUCAUUAUAAGAACGAUACACGUAUGAGCUGAUAAGUAAAUGUGCACAUGUGCUGAGAUCCUUCUUCAUUAUAAGAACGAUACACGUAUGAGCUGAUAAGUAAAUGUGCACAUGUGCUGAGAUCCUUCAUUAUAAGAACGAUACACGUAUGAGCUGAUAAGAAAAUGUGCACAUGUGCUGAGAUCCUUCAUUAUAAGAACGAUGCAUUUAUGAGCUGAUAAAGAAAUGUGCACAUGUGCUGAGAUCCUUCAUUAUAAGAACGAUACAUUUAUGAGCUGAUAAGGAAAUGUGCACAUGUACGGACAUCCUUCAUUAUAAGAACGAUACACUUAUGAGCUGAUAAGGAAAUGUGCACAUGUACUGAGAUCCUUCAUUAUAAGAACGAUACACGUAUGAGCUGAUAAGUAAAUGUGCACAUGUGCUGAGAUCCUUCAUUAUAAGAACGAUACACGUAUGAGCUGAUAAGAAAAUGUGCUCAUGUGCUGAGAUCCUUCAUUAUAAGAACGAUACAUUUAUGAGCUGAUAAGGAAAUGUGCACAUGUACGGACAUCCUUCAUUAUAAGAACGAUACACUUAUGAGCUGAUAAAGAAUUGUACAUAAAUACUAAGACUCUUCAUCAUUUUUACUGGAUGUAAGAACAAUAGCGCCUGAAAAAAACGUAGUGAUUCUUGUUGAGCUAGUGAAUGAUUGAAUGACAUUAUGCAGUGUAUGUGUUUCCCGAAGUAAUAAACUGUUUUGAUUAAA